CAAUAGCGAUAUCUCAUGUUAAUAUAUCCUCCACUUUCAAUAUGCAAUCAUUCAUUUCGGAAUGAUUCUGGAUUAUUUGUUGCCAUGGGACGCAAGAUAAACUACAUAGGUAGUUAGUUGGUUGUAUGCUGGUAGGUGCAGUAAGAACGAUGCCAGUGGAGACUGAAGAUGUACAGGCACGAGAGAAUAACAUGUGAACGCAGGAACUCAAAGAUAUAACGCCAAAGCACACGUUUCCAUCUUGAGUAAUGUAUCAGCCAUUAUUUUAAGAAGUGUUGUCUGACAUAGGGAUCUUUGCACAAAACAUUCAAGAUGGCAGCGGCAAUGACCGUCACUGAUGUGGUUACAGUUACUCAGCCACAAGUGGAACCAACAUUACAGAUUCGACUUCAGGCACAGACACUCCCAAGACCUCCACCAACCAUGGCACCACAGGCUAGAUUUAGGAAAGGCCUUAAGAUUGACCCAUCUCGGGCUCUGGAGCCCACCAGGAAAAAGUUGUCAACCAUUGAGGCCCAGAGGGUUAUGACAGUGUUUGAGGAAACUAUCAGAAGAGUUGAAGUCAUCACUUUGCUCCCUCAUAUCCUUCAGAACCUUGAUAGGUUUCGCAUUUCUUUUGGUCAAGAGCUGAUUGAACUCCUAGAACAACAUUAUCGAAUCCAGGGAAGUUAUCAGGAGAUACGCGAUAUCUUAGAUCAGCAGUUGGCUAAACGGCUCCGGAGUGGGAAGAGCCGUUCUACACAGGCAGUAGAGGAAGAAGGUCAGGAUGAGCUUGAUAGGGAAGAAACCCAAGGAGAGUCGAUGGUACGACCGUCUAGCGCAUCAAGUGCUGGUUCAUUUGCCAGCAUCGACAGCCAGACUGAAAACAUGAGGAGAAGCCUGACCUAUGUGGCUCAUCAGCUGAGCAGCUCUUGCAAGAACAUUCUACGAUGUUUCAGCAUCAAUCCCACAGCCAUGAAUGCAGUUUCUGCGGAGUUCAAGAAAAGGGAUAUUGAUUGUAAGGCUCUGUGUAGGAAUCUUCAUGAGCUGAAGGAAAUACUUCUUGGCAAGCUUUUAACUACACCAGGAGAGGAGAAAGAAAGGAUGGCAUACCUGGAUGAAAUAUCACAAAGAGAAAGAAAUAAUGCAAUUGUGAUUGAGAAAAUGGAGACAGAAUUGAAGGCUGCAUCAGAUGACAAGGAUGAAGAGAUCCGCAAGAAGAACGAUGUCAUCCGGCGCCUCCAGGCCGACCUGCAUCAGAUAGAAAAGUUCUCCGAGGAGCACAUCCGUCGAGUGAAGACAGAAGCAGAGAAACAAGAAGCUGCUGAUGUGAAGAACAGUGAGGGGAAGAGGCAGAAGCUGCAGCAGGAGAUUAACCAGCUGCGAACACAGCUGCAGAACCUCACCAUGGAACACCGGGAGAGCGAGCAGGAACUCCGCAAGAGAAAGUUCAAGAUAGAAACUGAAGUGGAGAACUGGAUUCAGAAAUAUGACCAGGACAUGGGUGAACGACAGGAUGAGUAUGAGGAGAUUGAUGCCAUCUACACCGAGGAGAAGAAACAGCUGAACGAGUUGGAGGAACGCUUCAAGACCCUGGAGGCCGAGUACUUGCAGAUCAUGGAGGAGAGGAGACUUGCCCGGGAGAAACGCGAGAAGGCCGAGAGAGAACUUGCUCUCAUGGUCAAGGCCGCCACAACCGUCCAGGCAUUCUGGAGGUCAUUCAAAGUCCGAAAAGCCCUCAAGUCCAAGAAGAAGAAGAAGGGUGGUGGUGGGAAGAAGAAGAAGAAGUAGAGGAAGUGGGGAGGAGACAGAUUUGACUUUUAUUAUCCAAAAGUUUAGAGAAAGAUUAAAUCUGCGAAAUUUCAAAUGUUUAUUUUUUGUAUAUAGUUACAUGGGUAUUCAAAUCCUUGGUAAAUACUAACACAUUAUCUUCCAUUUUCGCUUUUUCCUUAUUUUGUACAUACUGUAUAAUACUGAGUUGAUUGAGUAUUUAUUUAUAUUAUAUAUCUAUACCAACAUUUUAUUUGCCAGUAAUACACAUACUAAAUAUUAUCGCAUUUGUAGAGUUAAUCAAGUGUGAUUUGUGUUUAUGAUUUUGUUUUGAAUAAGUUUGUCUCACAUUUUGAUGUAUUAAUCCUCCAACAACUGCCGUCUGAAGUCAGCUGUAUUGAAUAACACUGUUUGGUUGUUUACUUGAUGAACCUAUGUAUAAUUUGUUACAGUAUUGUUAAUCCUUGAUAUCCAUUAUCUGUGAUAAUUCUUCAAACAAAUGACAACUUCCUGUUAUUGGCAGUGAUGGUUGAUGCUGUCUGAAUCCACACAAAAAUGACACGUGAAUGUGCUGUGUUUAAGAACAGGCCACUUAUUAUAUUCCUAAGUCACAGUAUUGCCUCAGUGAUUAAAAUUUUGCAAAAUGU